AUGGCCAAUGUACAGAAAUGGCGUACGGCUUUCAAGGAAAUAUACGGUCGAACUCCUACAAAAAAUGACUACAACGUGGCUCCCCAGCGUGUUAGAGAAGAAUGCUCCACCGAAUGUCCCGCGAGCGCUGCUAUCGCUGACGAACCAGAACCUCCACGGAAAAGUGCAGUUCGUCUGAAACGACCUAAUCUUGACACAGAAGAGAACAGUCCGGUCAAGCGAAGGCCGGCGAAAGCUCGUCGCCUUUGCGGCGAUCCACAAGGAUCUCGAACAAGCCCCAGGAAAAGCAUGGCUCAAUCGACGAGGUUCAUUUCACCGUUGAAGUCUGCGAAUAGUCCGAAUUGGCGCGGAUCAAAAGGUGCCACUGGAUUAACACCGCUCAAGGAAGUGCAGUCUACAUCAGCUGCUCUGCCUACGCCAUCGCCUCUGCACAAGUCGCCAACGAAGCGGUUAUUAGCAAAUCCUGCAUUCUCAUCGUUGUUCGACACUCCUGAAAAAGGGCAAACGGCUGCUUGGGGAGAGAUAAGUCCGAUGAAAACGAUCGUAUCUCCACAGAAAGGCAUAUCAAUACGUUCUCCAAGGAAGCCGUUGGUGCAUAAGGAAGUUCUAAUAAAGAACGUUGAGUGCCUGUUACUACCGACUCCGGAAAAGAGGGAGCGUAAGGAGAUAUUGGACCCGUUUCAGCCUGAAGAAAUGCCAAAAAAGAAGAGUGCAGCUGGGCCGAAAAAGGACAUGGCUGUGGCAUUUUCAGCGGAACAAGGACGAGUCAUAAAGAGAGCUUUCAAAAGGUCAGUUAACUACUCUGGGAUUGUUUUCUGGACGCAGAUGUGA